AUGAAGCUCUCGACAACACUGGCCGCAGUGCCUUUGGGCGCGCGCUUGGCCCGAGCUGCUUUGGACGCGGACGCCCUCACUCAGAAAUAUUUCGGCAACGAUGCACCAUGGUACCGUAACCGUAUUCCUUUGUUUGAGUCCAGCGACUCCGAGAUCACCGACGUUUACUACUACCGCUGGAACGUCUUCCGUACCCAUCAGCGUGAUAUCGGAUCCAAGUACGGUUUCAUCAGCACCGAAUUCAUCGAUAACGUCGGCUGGCAGACCCAGCCAUGGGCCUCCAACAACUGCGCCGCUAUCUUCCACCUCUCCGAGGGCCGCUGGUGCCGUGACCCGCGCUUCAAGCAGGACUACGCGACUUUCAUGUACAGCUCUGACAGCAACCCUCGUCAGUUUUCCGAGAGCAUGGCCGACGGUGUUUGGAGGAACUAUCUCGUAGAUGGUAACCCGGAGCUUGCCUUCUCUCUCCUUGACGACAUGCAGAGAGUCUACAACCUAUGGGUUGGCGACCACUACGACCAGUCCAAGGGACUCUUUUGGGUCGAGCCUAUCGCCGAUGCCACGGAGUACACCAUCUCCAGUAUCGAUGCUUCAGGUGGUUACGACGGGUUUUUCGGAGGUCACGCUUUCCGUCCAACCAUCAACACCUAUCAAUACGCAAACGCUCGAGCUAUUGCCAAGAUUGCUUCUCUGAAAGGUGGCCUUGACAGUGUUGUUGAGGAGUACAACAAGCGUGCUGAGGCUAUCAAGGAAACUGUUCAGAGAGAUUUGUGGAACUCAACCUUUGAGCACUUCAUCGACCGUUAUUUUGUCAACAACGAGAAUGUGACAUACUGGGAUUUCAUUCGAGGUCGCGAACUUGCAGGAUUCGUCCCUUGGGCACACGAUCUUCCCGACGAUGACGCUAAGUUCGGCGAGGCCUGGAAGCAUGCGCUGAGUUCUGAUGAGCUCGGAGGUCCCUUCGGCCUACGGACUGUCGAGCCCUCAUAUGAGUACUACAUGCGCGUUUGGCGCUACGAGGGUACUCAGACCGAGUGCCACUGGAACGGUCCCUCUUGGCCCUACCAGACAACGCAGGUCCUGACAUCGCUGGCCAACGUCCUUGACCACUACCCCAACUCCUCUCAGCUUGUCAGUGUUGGAGACUACACUCGCCUUCUCAAACAGUACGCAAACCAGCAUUAUAACAAGCAUUACGACAAUAUUCUUGAUAUUGAGGAGAAUUAUGAUCCUGACACUGGCGAGCCAAUUGUCGGCCUGGGCCGAUCGCAUCAUUACUUCCACUCGGGCUACAUCGACUUGAUCUUGUCUGGUUUUGUCGGUGUUCGUCCUCGUGAGGAUGAUGUUCUCGAGGUCAACCCCCUGGCUGACCCUUCAGUCAUCUCCUACUUCCGCGCUGAGAAUGUUUUAUAUCACGGCCGCGAGGUAGCUAUCCAAUGGGACGCAACUGGAGAGCGCUAUGGAGAUGCUGGCCUGCGUGUUGAGGUUGACGGCAAGGUUGUCGCAUCGUCCGACAAACUCGAGCGCCUAACAGUCGAGGUCAGCCGCGCUCCCGUCUCUGUUUCCCGGCCCUUGGCGAAAUCAAUCCAGCUUCAGGCAAAUGAGGCUCUGCCCAUCAUUAAUGCUUCUGUUCCCAACUACAACGUCGACCGUCUUCAUGAUGUCUUUGAUGGCCGUGUGUGGUUCUGGACUCAGGAUACUAUUGCCAAUGGCUUCGACACGCCCGCCGACAGCACCGCGGAGGAGUGGGUUAGCAUCGAAUUCGGCUCCACUACUGAGACUUCUCGGGCUGAGAUUGCCUUCUUUUCCAACGAAGAGAAGGGCUUUGACGUGCCUGAAAGUUACCGGCUCCAAAUUCUUACCAAUGGCGAAUGGGCUGAUGUGACUGACGCAACAUACGACAAGCCUUUGGGCAAUGGCAUCACCAAUGCGAAGUGGGCUAAAGCGUCGACGGAGUCUCUCCGCAUUCUUCUCAAGCCUCAGGAAGGAAAGAGAGUCCGGUUGGUCGAAUUGAAGGUGUUUUCUGAAUAA